UCCCCGGGGAGCAGCGGCGGAGGCUGAGCCUACGCUCCCGCCGAGCAUCGCCCGCUCGCCAGCACGCUCAGGAGUUUUGGAGCCAAGCUCCCGGCAGCUAAUCCCCCUCGCUGCUGGGAAGGGCCGGCAGGGCGAAGGGACAGGAGGGAAGGGAACGGGGAGGAGUGUCCGCGCACGCACGGCACACGCGGCACCGGGCAGCGGCACCGGAUCGGCGGCUGCGAGCGGGGAGCUCCGCUGGGAGCUCAGCCUUGAAUAAAACCAGCUGGAGCAUCGGGCGAGAGUAUCGGUUCGCUGGGAAAAGUCCUUAAGGAAUCGAUCGGGAAAUGCCGGCGAAAGAAGUUGCCGAAAGCCAAGCUGGAAUGGCCGGGAGCUGCGCGCCGGCGGCCCCGUCACACGCCGGGAGCAGCUGAACUUUGUGGGGUCCGAACAUUUUUCUCCUCUGCGAACGCUGUGGGCAGCGCUAACGGGAGAGUCAGGACGGAACCGCACACCUUGCGCCUGACCGAGCCCGGGACAGAGCCAACCGGGGAUUUCUGUCUCUCCAAGGACCAUCGCCUCUGAAAAUAAAAAAGCUGGAGAAGGGCGAUUUAUCUUUCUUUUCCAGAUGACUGAAAAUAUCUACAGGAUCCUGUCUCUCCAUUUUUCAUCAGUGGGUAGCACAAGGGAGAGAUGGCAGAGGAGCAAAAAUGAUAUCGGUCAAAAUGAUUCCAGCACCUACUUUUUCCUAAGGAACUUCAUGCCCAUAGGGGUUUUCUGCGGGCAUUUCUAGGAGUGAAACCGAGGUAUCACAGAUGCAUCCCUACUGGAUCGUGUAAGAAUUUGCAAAUGAGAAAUGUACCCCAUCCAGACCUUCUCUGCCCGCUUUGCGGUACAUGGUUUGGUGUAAGCACGGCAAUUCUCACCUCUUUCUCUCCCUUUUAAGUCUCUUGAGCUUGGAGACCUCUUUCCUCGUUGCAAUUAUGAUCAUUUGCAACAUCAGUGCCAUCAAAGAUUGGAGCACUUUCCUUUCCCAAAUCCUCCCCAGCGUUAACAAGACUCUGAAUUUGGUACAGCAAGUGGAAGCCACCACCAGCUCGGUGGUAAGUGUCCUCCAGGACCCCGAACAGGACAACUACCUGUCCAAUAGCCAGUCCAUGAACUCCAGCAACUUCACAGCUGGCCUGGACCACUUGUUCCAGUACUCAUACUCGGACAAUGACCAGCUCUACAAGGAGUACAAACCCCCUCCUCGAGACGCCAUUCCUCUGCCCAAGGCUGUCCUCUACCUUCUCAUGGCAGCCCUGGUGGUGGUGGCAGUGGCGUACGCCAUCGUCGGGCAUCUCAUCAAGGACCUCAUCUACGACUUUGUAGACUGGAUCUUUGGCCCCAACCCGGAUGACAACAGCAACAAGAGCGACAUCAACUGCAUCAGCAACAGCGUGAACGAGAUGAGCGAGAUGCCCGAGGCGCCGCGGCACCGGGACCGCCAGCCCCAGGACGUGGUGAUCGCCAUCAGCGAGACUUGCCACUUGCCACAGCAGACGUGACCGGAGCCACGCCCGGGCCAGGCGGGAUGGAGCGGCGGGAUGGAGCGGCGGGAUGGAGCGGCGGGAUGGAGCGGCGGGAUGGAGCGGCGGGAUGGAGCAGUGAAACACUGCAGCAGCCACCCCGCAGGACCGGGCAGGGAGAGGAAGGGAUGGGCAGAGUGGAGCAAAGCCCUUCUCCCCCUGGUUAUAGCAGCCUCUAAGGACCUUGCCGGGGUGGGCGGCAUCACCCCUUCUCCCCGGCUUGUCAGCCCUGUCCUGACGUCUGCCCUUGGGUUUGUGACCCCCUUCUUUGUUCCCUGUGAAUAGCAAAAA